AGAUUCAGUCCUGUUCCGUACGGUUGGAUUGGGGACCGCGGUGGAUACGAUUGCAAAUUCGUCGAGCCACCGCCCGCGGCGUUUCAGACCGACUGUCCAAUUUGUCUUCACGUUCUGAGAGAGCCGUGCGUCAUCAGUUGUCCCUGUGGACAAAAGAUCUGCCGCCAGUGCGUAGAGCAAAUCAAGGAAGACGACAAGCCGUGUCCUCUGUGCAACAAAACGGACUUUACCUACUUGCGAGACUACGGACUAGAGAGAUCUCUUGGAGAAUUUGAGGUGUGGUGCUCGCACAAGAAGGAAGGCUGUAUAUGGACGGGGAAACUUGGAGAAUACGAACAGCACCUGCAUCAAAAUCGUUCUCCAGAGAACCAGCUGACUGGGUGUCAGUUUGUAGCGGUAGAGUGUGAGCAUGGGUGUGGGGAGUGGUUCCAGCGUCACCACAUCGCUUCCCACCAGAACCAGCACUGCACGAAGCGACCUUACUCCUGUAAGUAUUGCCAGAAAUUUGAAGCAACUUACAAAUACGUAACAACGUGCCAUUACUACGAGUGUGACAAUUUUCCAGUCACGUGUCCCAAUAAGUGUAGAAAGGAUCCCUUCAAACGACAUGCUCUUUACAAGCAUGUAAAAGACGAGUGUCCCCUUACAGAAAUCGACUGCCCACUUCACUACGCUGGUUGUGAGGUGAGACUGCCUCGCAAAGACAUGCCUGAGCACAUGACAGACACUGCCACACAUCUGACACUGCUGGCUACCGUUAUACAGAGCCUUCUGAAAGAGAAUCACGAACUGCGAAAACAGAAUGAGUUGCUGAAAGACAAACAGAAUGCUACAGAGAAAGAAGUUGAAAUUCUCAAAGAAACACUCCCAAUGAAGCUCAUGGUGGGAGGAUUCCCUGUUGAUUUCCACGUCAAGUAUGACAAAGACAAGGAAAAAAAUUAUUCACCUUCCUUUUACACCCACUCAUCUGGCUACCAAAUGCGCAUUCAAUCAUAUCCAAAUGGGUGUAAAACGGGUAAAGGAACUCGUGUAUCAUUAUUCACACAGCUAAUGCAAGGUCCAUACGACGACCACCUGAAAUGGCCGUUCAGAGGAGAGAUAACGGUCCUGAUAGUCAACCAGGCUGGAAACCACUGCCACGCCAAGAAGACUUUCCACUACGAUGAUAAGAUACCGGAUGCCAGUGCCGGUAGAGUGACAAACACAGACAAAUCUGGAGGGUGAGGGAGACAAAAAUAUAUGGCUCACACUGCCCUUGAAUACAAUGCCACAAAGAAAACCCAAUACUUGAAAGAUGACAUCAUCAUAGUCAGAGUUGUUAUUGUGUCGUUUUGAUAAUGCCAUGUGAUCAUUUUGAAAUGUGCACUGUCACUAUUUAGAGUGCCAUGUUUUACGAAUGCAGUACACUGUUAUGAUAAUGAUG